UUACUACGCAAUAUCGAAUUUUUCGAUACGAACAAAGUUUGAUCAUUUUAUAUCGAAACAAAUAAAAGUUAUAUGCUCUUCACAAAUGUAUUCAAAGUCACGUCGAGUCAGCGUGAUUUAAUUGUCUCCGACAAAUUUAACAUCCUCUUCUUAUCUCUUUUAUCUCUUUUACAAAUAAAGGCACUAUUCUAUUUGUAAUAUUUCGUUGACAUCUUGAAGAAAAUAUAUUUGAACAUUAUUCUUUGUUAUCAGUUCAGAGAGAUGCAAAAAAGUUUUUAAAUUUACAACAAAUAUAUAUAUGUAUAUUUCGAUACGUUCGAAAAUAAUAAAUCCUAUGAUUAUUACAUGAAGUGAUCAAUUGUGUAAGAACGUGUAUUAUUAGAAGGGAGAUAUUUUUUUCUUUGAUAUUAAAGGUAUAUAUAUAGAAACAACGCGUUUGUCAAGGACACAAAACGAACGAUCUUGAAAGUGACAUUUGUGUUUACGCGAGCUUCGCGUGCACGUCACAUCAACAAGCUGACGAGUAAUCUCAUGUACGAGUAAAAUUAUUUUCGGCGAUUUUCAUCGAGGAAAAUAUGAAGCCUCCUUCGAGGAAGAAUCCGAAGGAUCUUCUUACAAAUAAGAAUAAUCCCAUAGUUUUUCUGGACAUUGCGAUAGGCUCCGAGAAAGUGGGAAGAAUCGUCAUAGAAUUAUUUAAAAAUGUCGUGCCGCAAACCGCGGAGAACUUUCGUGCUUUGUGCACCGGUGAGAAAGGAGCCGGAACAAAGACUUCGAGGUUACAUUACAAGGGAAGUAUUUUUCACAAAGUUAUUUCGCAGUUUAUGAUCCAGGGUGGAGACAUCGUCCACUUUGAUGGAACUAGUGGAGAAAGUAUUUACGGUCCUUACUUCAAUGAUGAGAAUUUCACAUUGAAACACACAACUGCUGGUUUACUUAGUAUGGUAAACGAAGGGCGGCCGCAUAGUAACAGUUCCCAAUUUAUCAUUACUGUACAACCCUCCACGCAUUUAGAUAACACUCAUGUGGUGUUUGGAAAAGUUGUAAAAGGCAUGGGCAUAGUGUUAGAAAUCUGUAAAGUGCAGACCGAGAAGGACAUUCCACUUGAUGAAAUAAAUAUAUUUGAUUGCGGAGAAUUCAGAAAAGAUGAGAAUUGGGGAUUGGAAGAAAAUGAUGGAUCAGAGGAUGUUUAUACGCCAUGGCCGGAAGAUUGGGAUUAUUCUUCACAUGUUGACAAACUCAGUCACAAAUACAUGGAAAAAGUUAUAAGAAACAUAAAGGAUGCUGGAAAUAAUUAUUUUUCCAAACAGAACUUUGUGGAUGCUGGUAGAAAAUAUAAAAAAGCAUUACGAUAUUAUCUUUGGAUGUGCGAGCAAAAAGAUAUGCAAGAUACUAUUUAUGUCUCAUUGGUAGAUCUUAAAUCAGUUUUAUUACUUAAUUUAGCUGCUGUACACUUAAGGAGGAAAAUGUUUCGUGAAGUUAUACAUCUCUGUAACGAGGUUCUAGAAACGGACAAUACUAAUGGUAAAGCGUUAUUUAGGAGAGGGCAAGCUUAUACUGGCUUGAAUGAAUAUAAAUUAGGAAUAGCUGAUUUAGAGAAAGCAUUUGAGAUAUAUCCUAAUGAUAAGGAUAUUGCACACGAAAUAAGAAAAGUAAAAAAGAUGGACAAUUCUUAUGUAGAAUUUGAAAAAGAAACAUGCCAGAAAAUGUUUCAUUGAGUACAUUUUAUAUUCAUAAAUUUUUUAAUAAAAAUUUUUAUAUUUUUAUUUUUUAAACAAAGGAUGCAUCACUUUUCAUGUAGCUUAAGGAAUUAUAUUAGAUAUUUAGAAAUUGACAAUUUCUAAUUGGUAAUUUUUCCAUAAAUAUGAAUUUAUGGGAUUAAUAUUCCAAUAUUUCAAUUAAUACUUGAAUCAAUAUUUCAUUGUAUCAUAUAUUUGUAUAAUAUAUAUUUGUAUAUGUCAUAGAAAUCAUGAAUGAAGAAAAUGUAAGGAUAUCAAUAAUUCUGUGUUUA